GUUACCGUACCUAUUUUGAUUAAUACAUCUCUUUCCAAGAGACAGUUUUUAAUUCUCAUCUUUCUGUUGAAACUCAUUCUUGUUGAUGAUACCACAAGUUUGCCCUAUGUGUUUUGGUGUACUGAAACCAAUAGAAACAAAGUUCAAGAUUUGUCCCUGUGGUUUCCAAAUUUGUCACUGGUGCCUAGGAAAGAUCCUGCACGAAGGCAACUGCUGUCCAGAGUGUAAGCGACCCUAUUCAAAACGCGUUAUUCACAUGGUGGACAAUUCAUCAGAUUCUCAAAACUCGGAAGGAUGUUCCUACAACAGUGAUCGAGAGCGUCAUGGAAGGGAACUCUCCGCCGAGAAGAUCCAAUAUUUACAAAAUAUUAGAAUAAUCCAAAAGAAUCUUGUUUAUAUCAUUGGGUUGGCUCCCUCUCUUGCCAACGAAUCUUUGCUUCGUUCCUAUUCUUUCUUCGGCAAAUACGGAAAAAUCAAAAAAAUCAUUCUGAACAGCAAUCCAGAGCUCGUCGAGAAAGUCCACAGUUGCUGCGCCUACAUCACGUUUGAAUCCUCCGAGGAAGCUUGCCGCUGUAUCCUAGCCGUGGAUGGAUGUAUAUUAAAAGGCAGUCAGAUCAGAGCUUCUUUCGGAACCACGAAAUACUGCAACUUUUUCCUUCGCGGGAUCCAGUGCACGAAUUCGGAGUGCAUGUAUCUGCACUACAUGGCCAAGGAAGAAGACUGCUUCACCAAGAAGGAAAUGCAGGAGCGGCAGAGCGAGUUCUAUUACCGAACCCACCCCAACAUGUCCGCUCGAUCCACUCCCGUCGUUCUGAAGAGCCUCGAUUCGCUUCCUCUGCCUCCCGAUUCGCCGGGUAGUCGACAGAGACGGAGCCACAUGUAG